CCUUCGCUGCGGGGCGCGGUCCCGCCCGCCGGCGCGCUCGGAGCGCGCACGCGCGGCUGGAGCGGCGGAAGCCCACGGAUUAUCUUCCUGGGUCGUGACGAUUUUUUACCUGUUUGUGUUCAAUGGGGCAACGAAUUCACUUUGUGAUUGACCCUCAGGGUUGGUGCUGCAUGGGCCUGAUUAUCUUCGUCUGGCUGUAUAACACAAUCUUCAUUCCAAAGGUCAUCCUUUUUCCUCAUUAUGAAGAGGGAAAUAUUUCAGUUGUGGCAGUUUUAUGUUAUUACUUCUGUUCAUUGUUUUGUAUAGCUUCAUUGUUUAGAGCCUCAGUAGCAGAUCCAGGAAAACUACCUGAAAAUCCAAAGAUACCAAUUACAGAACUAGAACAUUGGGAGUUAUGUAACAAAUGCAAUAUGAUGAGACCAAAGCGUUCACACCAUUGCAGUCGCUGUGGACAUUGUGUGAGGAGGAUGGAUCACCACUGUCCAUGGAUUAAUAAUUGUGUUGGUGAAGACAAUCACUGGCUGUUUUUACAGCUGUGUUUCUACACUGAGAUCCUUAGUUCCUAUACACUGAUACUUGACUUCUGCCAUUACUACUACUUUUUGCCUCUGAAAAAAGAAAACUGGGAUGUGUUUGUAUUUAGACAUGAACUUGCUCUCCUAAGAAUAUCUGCCUUCAUGGGUCUAAUAAUAUUAGGUGGAAUAAGUCGACUCUUUUACACUCAGCUAAUGGGUAUUUUCACUGACACUACAAGUAUAGAAAAAAUGUCAAACUGUUGUGAAGACAUAUCGAGGCCGCGAAAGCCAUGGCAGCAGACCUUCUCAGAAGUUUUUGGCACUCACUGGAAGAUCCUGUGGUUUAUUCCUUUCAGGCAGAGGCAACCACUGCGAGUUCCCUACCACUUUGCCGGUCAUGUCUAAACAGAUGGAUGGUGGGCACAGAUGGGUCCUCCAUGCUGGAAGUGCAUUACAGGUUUUAUGAUAAUAGGACUAUGACAGUCUUCAAGUCAAUUAAAAUCCAGUUGUAGGCAUCACAGUGUGCCCCGGGCAUUAUUUUAGUUAUGGUCUUGAUUCUAUUCUGAAAUUAACACAAGUUAAGCAAUCAACUUCAGGCUUGUUUACUUUCAAAACAGCUUUCCCAAGAGAUUCCUUUUGUCUCUGAGGUUAAUACCAAAAGCAAACAACUGGAAUGCAGUAGUUUAUGCAGUUUGAUACUGUGUCCUUUUUUUUACCUUUUUUUUUCCUUUUGUAUUUUUUUGUGUAGGAAGCACUGAAGUUUGCAUUGAUGGUUAAAUUUCUCACUAAGUGUCUUAUUCUGCCUUGAAUUUUUUUUUAGGGUCUUUUUCAGUAGGUCUGUCUGGAUAGUAAUAAUGUCUUUUUUUCCUGCUACAUAUAUUUAAAAUUCCAUGAUUCUGUCAGUUAUUUAUGAUAUGCAAAAGUAAUCCUGCAGCACUGCACUGUAAAAGGCAAUAUAAAGCUGAAGCUGAAGCUUUAAGAAGAAUACUUCAUAAACCUUUCUCAGAGAGGUUUUGUAAAGGCACACAGAUGUGUGUUUACAUAGAGAAAAGUUUACAGUUUACAGUUAUCUUUCGACUUAGAUAUGAUGUUAGUGAAAAGUGUUCAUGUCUUUAUGUCAGUGAGAGGGUAAAUAUUUCAGGGUAAACUAUGCAGAUACAAAGCAUGUUUUCCCUAAAUCCCAAGGAUUUGAAUCAGCAAUAAUCAACAGAGAAGUUGCAUGGUGCAAAUACUGAUUACUCUUAAAAAAUACAGAUGUAGUUAGUUAGCAUAAUAUACCAUAAAGAAGAGUAUAUUAUCAAUAAAGCUAAAAAUUUUAUAUUUACUUUUCUUUAGUCUUGAUUAGCUGGAAUUGGUCUAAGUGUUUGUAUGUUGAAAACAAAAGUAAUUAAAAAUAUUUAUACAUAAAUAUAAAUUUGCAACUAACAUGAACAGUCAAGUAUAUUAAAACAUUUAAUAGGGUAUUUUGUUGAUGUAGAUAGCUUGUUGUUUCUUUAAGUAUGGAAGUAGUUAACCAAAGAAAGCAUCUUUCAGAUCUGGUAAAAUGAUAACUAUUUCCAAAGUACAAUCUCAGUCUUCCUUUAUCUGGAAAAAUCAUGUACUUACUUUAGCCCUCUGUAUCUAUACAAAAAUUAGCUUCAGAUGAUUGUGAAAACUAGGAUUUCUAGGAGAAAUUCAAACAUAAUGUUUCCAGUUAUGCUGCUUACUGUGUUUGUUGCAUACUCUAACAGGACUAGGAUCCAUCUUAAAUAGCAGCCAUGCAGCAGGACACAAUAAAAGACACCAAGACAGGAUUUUAUAUAUGUAGAUUGUGUAGAAAGUGAUAGUUUAUUUAUGAACAGUUACUUCAAAAAAGACGGGUGAGUUUUUUCAUGACUGGUGUUUGCAAAAAGUUUUUAGAUCAACUCUUUCAAAGUCUUCGUACAGUUACUGCCAAUGUUAGGUGCCCCUUUAUCGAAUUAACAGAUUUUGAUGAUCCAUUGAAAGUUUCAAAAAGUGCCUCUUAAAAAUCACAUGAACUUUAAACUUUUGUAAAUGUCUAACAUUUGAUCCACUUUUACUUUUCCUGUCCUUUUAAAAAUAGAUGCAAUGUUUUAUUAGCUGAAAUUUUAAGCUUAAUGUUCAGCCAUUUUCCUUUUUUUUUUUUCCUCAUGCCAGUUGUAGUGAGGUUCGACUUUCUUUCAAAUGGUAUUGGCAUAUUGGCAGCAAUAUUUAAAUAAAAAGAAGCUAGAGGAAAUGGGUGAAAAGACUGGAGCAUUGCUUGAAAUGGAAAGGAGUGUGGAUAUACAUAAUAAAGUAAUUGUUCUGUUAUUUUCUUUUCCUCCCCCACCACACCUCACAGCUAUUUUAGUCUCUGGAAUACACAGGGAAAUAAUAUUUCAUUUUCUGUGCCAAUAUUCAAAUGUUCCAUGACCAAAAUAUAAUUCGAAAUUUUUAAUACUAAUCAGUUAUCAGAGCAGAUUAUACAGUUCUGAACCUUACCCAGAAAGAAUUUUUGGUAUAUUCAUCGUGGGGCAUAUGAUUGUGUGUUCUGCUUUCCCUUAUUAUUGUUCCAGUGAGUGUCGCCGUGCAUGGCGCUCCAAGCCCAUGCUGAGCCUUAGUUAAAAAGGGCGCCGGUGGUUCCUGAGGCUGGUGGGCAGCUGAGGGGUGGUGCCGUGGGCUGGCAGGGCCCGGGAGCGGCGCCCGUGUCCCGCCCGCCCCGUCACCCCCUGUGCCCGCUGGCGCACCGGGGCACACCCCGGAACGCCGUCCGAGACAUCGGCAAGUCAGAAAACCUCUGAAUUCCGAGGCGCGCCCUUAAAUGACCGAAAGGCAAACCUGGAGGCUGGAGUAUCAAUUAUACUUUCCAGCAAGGUGAAAAUCUUGCCUGAUUCUCAAACAAAAGUGCUAAUUUCACAGAUUCGUGUUCUCAAAUGUUUCCAUAUUGUUCGACAUUUUUUUGAAUCUACUUUUUCCUCAGUCUCCUAAUCAUCAUAACAUUAGGAAUCAAUUUGCAACAGGAUUAGGACUGCUAGUUAGUUUCUGUCCCUUUUCUAAGUAUUUGGGGCACAAAGGUGAGAUUUUGGAGAGACUUGACAUUUUAGGAGGUACUAAACUUUAUUCUUUGAAUUAGAGGCCUCUAAAAUGGUAAAAGUAAUAAUUUUUUUCUUAAUUUAGCUGAAAGACCCAAUCAUGUUAUUAGUUUCUCCAAGUAAUGGUUCUGAAACUAAUUCUCAGAAUAAGUUGUUCUGUCAGGAAAAAUCAGACUUUUAUGAACCAAUUUGAAAUCCUUCAGACCUUGAAAUUCCUGAAUCCUUUAAACUGUUGCUUUCUUUCCCUCCAAGUUCUCCUUAAGAAUCCUUGUUUUAGUAGAAAAUGCAUUUUUAAGAUUGAUUAGUGUUUGUAAUUUUUAUGCAUUUAAAAAAAUCUUAUAGACAGGGUUACUAAAUUUCACCCUAAUAUCAUAUCAGAACAACAUGUUUUAUUGAGAAAAGUGAAUAUUAUCUUCUGACUAGGCAAUAUUUAAAUUCCUGAGAGCCACAAAGAGAACUUAAAGAACCAAUUAACUACUCCCUGAAAACAUUUGGAAAUAAAGCUGGUUUAUUUGCAAUGUGGGAUAACUUCUGGUAGGACCGAAGAAUGUUAACUUGCUAUCUUCUCAUAACCUUGAGAUUUCAUUUGCAAAAUGCUGAUGUCUAAAAUAAAAGACAAUGCAUUAAAUAAUGUCUAUGAAUCUGUCCUCUGAUCUGUUGCUUUGAAGGAGAGGUUCCAUCACACAGCUGGUCUAACAGUUCAGGUACACACAAUCAUUGUCAAUCUUGAGGAGGAGUUGAGUCUUAAAUUCUCAUAUACAUGGAAUUUUAAGAAUAAAUUUUCUAUGCAUCAGGGUUUAUUAAGAUAAAUAACUUUUAAACUAUGUUCUGAGCUGUUCUUUAGAUACUCCUGAUAAUUAUCUUGAUUCAUUACUUUAUAAAUACAUGGUCAAUAAAACACAAAGUAGAAUGUCAUGUAUCCUGGUUUAACCCCAGCCAGCAACUAAGCACCACAGAGCCAUUCAGUCAUUUCCCUCCCAACAGGAUGAGGGGGAGAAUUGGAAUAGUAAAAAUGUGAAAUUCUUGGGUCAAGAUAAUGUAUAGGUUUGAUAGGGGAAGCAAAAGCCAUGCAGGCAAACAAAGCAAAAUAAUUAAUUUACUGCUUUGCAUGGUCAGGCAGGGUGUUCAGCCAGCUGUAGGAAAGCAGGGCUGCAGUGCACGUGACAGUGACUGGGGAAGACAAACACCAUCACCUCAAACAUUCAUGUGUUCCUCCUCCCCCCAGCUCUAUUUGCUGAGCAUGACACCAUGUGGUAUGGAAUAUCCCUGGAGUUGACCCCUGGAGUUGGGGUCAGGUGUUCCAGUUGUGUCCCCUUCCAACUCUUUAUGCACCUCCAGCCUUCCUGAUGGGAUGGUGUAAGAAGCAAAAAAGGCCCUGUCACUGUGUUUCCUUGUGGCUCAGCUGUAAGGAAAACAUUCCUGUGUUAUCAACACUUCCCAGCAUGAAUCCAAAACACAGCCCUGCAUUAGCUACCCUGAAGAAAUUUAACUCUGCCUCAUACAAAACUAGCAGAUCAUGACAAGUCACAUUGUUUUCACAUUCAGAAUCCAGGAUAUUUCAUUGUUCAUGUUACUAUGUUUGGUUGAUGAGAAGCUCAGUAUGACCUGGUAAUGUGUGCUUUCAGCACGCAAACCACCCUGGGCUGCAUCAUAAUAAGCUCGGAUAACAGGGAGGUGAGGGAGGUGAUUUUCUCCUACUAAUAAGUUGAAUCUAAUUCUAAAUUAGCUGAAGUAUUUGGAUCUCAAAAGUAACAGUGUGAUGCUGAAUGCUGCUAGAAACUGCUUUUGGGAAGAAUAGGUACUUCUAAAUACAGCGUCCUUGCUUAGGUGACAUACUAUGUGACUGGAUACUUCAGUAAAAUGUUCCUUGAGAGGUUUUUGUACUACUUUCUCAGUGGCUGAGCAUUUGACCUUGGGAGGCAUUGAAAUGCUUGUAUCUGUGGACUGCAUAAGGCCUAGGAUUUCAGUUCUGAAAUUAUCCAGUGGCGUCUUGUGUCUUGGCAGAGUGGUUAAAGCUAUUUAUUGCAACAAGGGCCAUCUAGUUGUCAACUGUAUAACUGUAAGAGUGACUUAGACUUAUAGUGGUUUUCAAAUACAAAAUUUUCAUAGAAUAUAACUUCUUAUAUCUGUACAUUUCUGGGUAUUUCUGUGCACAUUCCCAGGACUGAUACCUGUAUAUCUACAGACAGAAAAUUAUCACUCUGUCUCUUUAACAGGCAGAAAAAUUAUACUGACUUUUGUAAACUAGCAUUCUGAAUUUUGUAGCUCACACAUGGGCAUGUAUUUGAGUUUUAUUCAUUUGUUCUUAUGUGAUCUUGACUGUUUUCAAAUAAUGCUGAAUGAAGUUCCUACUGGAAUUGUUGAAAAUUAUGAGGUCUUAACACUGGUUAUGCCUAAAUGAUAACAUAUGAGAUGAAUGACUGCAUAAUAUCAAAACAGGAAAGCUUACUCUGGUAUUCUUUUAAUUAAAUCUGAAAAUGCAAGAGUAUGUUCAGCUGGUAAGCAAUGUAUUGUUUUGUGUUUGUCUUUGUUUCUUUGAUUUAUGUCAUGUUUCUGUGGGAUUUUUUUAAAAUUGAUUUAAGUUAUGUUUUAUUUUUUCAUUCCUACUGAGAAUUCUUUUGUCCUAUAUUUUUAUGAAAUCUUAUCUUUAAAUAAAAAAAUUAAAAGUU